AUGCAGCAUCCCAUUUUAUCAGUGAUCAUCUAUUUCUUCAUUGCUAGUAUAGCAGCCGAUUCUACUGCAAAUAAUACUUUAGAAGGACCCAAUGUAUGCACACGACAAGAACCGUAUAAUUUCACUGUAAGAGUUACUGUUAAAAAGCCAAGACAAAUCAAAUCUUACACAUGGUGCCUGAAAGUUCCACCAAGAUGUUCAAAAUAUGAAAUUGUGUUUGAUUCUUCUUACCAAGAUGAGGUAAUUACAAAAACAAAACCAGUUGAUGUUUGUUGUGAAGGUUAUGCUGCUUCUUCUAACAAAUGUAAACCUGUGUGUUCCCAAGACUGUUUACAUGGGACAUGUGUAGAACCAAAUAAAUGCAAAUGUGAACCUGGUUAUGGUGGUCCACGGUGUUCAAUCUCUUGCCCGAAAGGAAGAUGGGGAAGAGAUUGCGAGCAUGAUUGUGAAUGCAAAAAUAAUUCUACAUGUGACCCUUUCUCAGGAAAUUGUGAAUGUAAACGAGGCUGGUUAGGGAAGUUAUGUGGCGAACCUUGUCCUGAAGGGAAGUAUGGAGUUGAAUGUGCUGAAACCUGUAGGUGUAAACACAAUGCUGGGUGUGAUCAUGUGUCUGGCAAAUGCAUCUGUCCCAAAGGUUACACUGGAUCACUCUGUGAAAAAAUGUGUACUCCAGGACGUCAUGGUUCAGAUUGUAAACAUGAAUGCCUUUGUCAAAAUGGUGGAACUUGUGAUCCUGCAACUGGUGAAUGUUUUUGUACUCCUGGUUGGACUGGACAAGUCUGUGGCAAUCGGUGUCCUCCUGGAACAUAUGGUGAAAAUUGUAGUCUCACUUGUGAUUGUAAUAACAACUCAAUUUGUGAUCAUAUCAAUGGUACUUGUAUUUGUGCUGUAGGAUACAUAGGUGAAAAGUGCAAUGAGAAGUGUCCAGUCGGAACAUUUGGCGACAAUUGCAAAGGGAUUUGUAAUUGCAAAAAUGGAGACUGUGAUGUAUCAACCGGUAAAUGUAAAUGUCAAAAUGGUUGGACUGGGGCAACAUGUGAAGAAAGGAAUUGUCCUGAAUGGUUUUAUGGUCCAGAUUGUAAAAAUCAUUGCGAAUGUACUCCAAACCAUACAGUAACGUGCCAUCCUUGGACUGGGAGAUGUGAAUGUGCUAUAGGAUUUCAUGGUAAACAAUGCUCUAAUUCGUGUCCAUUUUAUCAGUGGGGAAAAGGUUGCAAAAAUGUGUGUCAAUGCUUUAAUAAUGCACUUUGCUCACCAAUAGAUGGCACUUGUCAGUGCACUGCCGGUUUCCAUGGUAAAAACUGUAGUGAGCCAUGCCCAAGUGGAUUCUAUGGAGAAAAUUGUAAAGUUAAAUGUAAUUGCAACAAUGGAGGCCAAUGUGAUGGUGAAACAGGCGAAUGUUUUUGUCCUCCAGGGUGGAAAGGUAUGUUUUGUGAAAGACCGUGCCCUGAAGACAUGUAUGGAAAAAAUUGUUCAGAGCAGUGUAAUUGUCAAAACAAUGGUGCAUGUGAACCUGUAAAUGGUACCUGUAUCUGUCCACCUGGAUAUAAAGGUCCUGAUUGCAGCAAAACAUGUGAUGAGGGCUUUUUUGGUAUCGGAUGCAAACAAAAAUGUUUCUGUGUUGAAGAAAAUACUAAAUCUUGUGAUCCUAAGACCGGAAGUUGUAUUUGUAAAGAACCUUGGAAUGGUAUACUUUGUGAUUCCAAGUGUGAACCAGGUAAAUACGGUGAUGAUUGCUCUAAAGAUUGCCAUUGCAUACAUAAUGGUUCUUGCAAACAAGAUAGCGGAAAAUGUGUUUGUGCUGCUGGUUGGAUGGGUGAGACAUGUCAACUUGCUUGCCGUCCAGGUACUUUUGGUACUUUAUGCUCUCAAACAUGUCAAAACAAGAGUUCAGGUAAAAAUAUGUCUUGUGAUCAUGUAACUGGAGAAUUUUCUUGCCGGCCAGGUUAUAUUGGACCUAUGUGCCAAUACCCUUGCCCAAAUGAUACCUAUGGUCCAGGUUGUAAGCAGUCUUGUGAUUGCAAAAAUGGGGAUUGUCAUCAUGUUACUGGUCAAUGUCAGUGUCUCCCUGGCUGGCAAGGGCCAAAAUGUUCUGAACCAUGUCAAAAUGGAACUUAUGGAGCAAAUUGUUCCUACGUAUGCAAGUGUCAAAAUAAUGGGACUUGUCGACCUCUUGAUGGAGUUUGUCAUUGUAAGCCUGGAUGGUUUGGCCAUCAAUGUCGCCAGAUUUGCCCAGAUAAUUACUAUGGAGAAUUCUGCAUGAAAUUAUGUCAAUGUAAAAAUGAUAAUUUUAUCUGCCAUGCUAUUGAUGGUUGUUCAUGUAAGAGAGGAUUUACUGGCGAUGACUGUGACAUCCCCUUGACAGAAAAGAGUGUCCUUGAUCCAACAGAGCGAGCAAAUUCAGGUGGUGCUGGAUCAAUCAUUGGUGGAACCUUCCUUACUAUUUUGGUUGCCGCUAUUCUUGUUUUAAUUGUAUUGUAUUACAGAAGAAGGGUCCAAAGCCUCAAAACUCAAAUGUGUAAUAUCCAUUACACUGCGAAUCCAGAAGGAUCAGACCGAAAUCACUUCGAUAACCCAGUGUAUUCUUUUGGAUCAACUAUAAGGGAUGAAGAAUCACCUCUUAAUAAUCAGUUCAUUAAUAAUUUGAAAAGUUCGAACUUGAAAAAAGAAAAACUGGAUGCUUAUAGAGUCGAGCCUGGAUUUCUGAAAGGUGCUCAAGGUGGUUCAAUUCUUAUGAAGAACAAAGAGGCUGAUCUUGCCAAUCCAAAUGUUUAUCAUAAUCCAGAAGAGGAUUUAUUGGAUAAAGAAGAUCAUUUAUAUGAAGAAUUAAAAGAUAAUGCAAAGAAAUUGCAAGAGGAAACUUAUGAUCACCUUGAUUAUAGUCGACCAGGAAGUUCAUUAAAAACACAUUAUCACCAAAUGCCAAAUGGGAUUAAGAAAUCUGGUGAUAGUGAUGUGGGAUCCACGAUCAGCGAAGACACUUAG